AUGGGCAUUGGAAAGCAAGCUUUGUUCUUCACAAUGUUGCUCAUUGCUUUAGUGGAGGCAGCUAUGUCUACCACAGAUUCAAAAGACAAAGUAGAUAAGUUUGUGAUAAGUCCAACAAAAACCAUAGUCAGGAUUUACAACAAGCUGGGUGAGGGGCUGAAUCUAACUAUUCAUUGCAAAUCCAAAGACGAUGAUCUGGGGGUCAGUACCGUAGCUUAUAACAGCUACUUUUAUUGGAAAUUCCGAGUGAAUUUCUUAGGAACCACAUUGUUUUUCUGCGGAUUGAGUUGGAGAGACGCAUCAGGAGUUUUCGAUAUGUAUAAAGCUAAAAGGGACAUGAAGAGAUGCCCAACAAGGUGCAAUUGGGAAGCUCAGAAAGAUUUGGUGCAAGGCUUAAGACAAGGGGAUAAUGUGCAUGAUAUGGCAUUUAAUUGGACAUACAAAACCUAA